AUGGCCGGUGGUGCUGUCGCCAUGGUCAACAACGGCGGUCCUCGCGUGGAGGCGCCUGUUACCUUCAAGGCAUACCUCAUGUGUGCCUUUGCGGCCUUUGGUGGUAUCUUCUUCGGAUACGACUCUGGCUACAUCAACGGCGUCACGUCGAUGAAGUACUUCAUUGAAACCUUCCAGCACCUGAAUCCCGACGACGCCAACUUUGCUAUCCCCGCGUCGCGCAAGUCCCUGAUCGUCUCCAUCCUGUCUGCGGGAACUUUCUUCGGUGCUCUGAUCGCUGGUGACCUGGCUGACUGGUUCGGUCGCCGCACCACUAUCAUCGCUGGCUGCGUUGUUUUCAUCAUCGGUGUUAUCCUUCAGACUGCCUCCUCCAGCGUGGGUCUUCUUGUUCCUGGUCGUCUGAUCGCUGGUUUCGGUAUGGGUUUUGUCUCUGCCAUCAUCAUCCUGUACAUGUCGGAGAUUGCCCCCCGCAAGAUUCGUGGUGCCCUCGUGUCUGGCUACCAGUUUUGUGUCACCAUCGGUCUGAUGCUGGCGUCCUGCGUCGACUAUGGCACUCAGAACUACAACACCUCGGCCUCGUACCGUAUCCCGAUUGCCCUGCAGAUGCUCUGGGCCCUGAUCCUGGGCGUUGGUCUGCUCUUCCUCCCCGAGUCUCCUCGUUACUUCAUCCGCAAGGGUCGCAAGGAGCAGGCUCGUGCCGUCCUCGCCCGUGUCCGUGGGCAGCCUGAGGACUCGCACUUUGUCGAGGAGGAGCUCACCGAGAUUGAAGCCAACCACCUGUAUGAGCUUCAGUCAAUCCCCGAUGGUGGUUACUUCACUAGCUGGAUGAACUGCUUCCGUGGCAAUAUCUUCCACCCCAACAGCAACGUUCGUCGCACCGUGCUGGGUACCUCGCUCCAGAUGAUGCAGCAGUGGACUGGUGUCAACUUCAUCUUCUAUUUCGGAACUGGCUUCUUCACCACGCUUUUCGAGAAGGAACACGGUGCCGUCACGAACCCGUUCCUGCUGAGCAUGAUCACCACCAUCGUCAAUGUCCUUUCCACUCCCUUGUCCUUCUAUGCAAUGGAGAGGGUUGGUCGUCGUCCUCUGCUGCUGUGGGGUGCUCUGGGCAUGGUCAUCUGCCAGUUCAUCGUCGCCAUCCUUGGUGUUACUGAUGGUAACAACCCCCAGGCUCUUUCGGCCAUGGUUGCAUUCAUCUGCAUCUACAUCUUCUUCUUUGCCACCACUUGGGGCCCCGGUGCCUGGGUCGUCAUCGGCGAGAUCUACCCUCUGCCCAUUCGCUCCCGUGGUGUUGCCCUGUCCACCGCCUCCAACUGGCUCUGGAACUGCAUCAUCGCUGUCAUCACCCCAUACAUGGUCGAUUCCGACAAGGGCAACCUCGGUUCCAAGGUCUUCUUCAUCUGGGGUUCGCUUUGCGCCUGCUGCUUCGUCUACGCCUACUUCCUCAUUCCCGAGACCAAGGGCCUGACCCUCGAGCAAGUUGACAAGAUGAUGGAAGAGACGACUCCGCGCACCUCCGCCAAGUGGACUCCCCACUCCACCUUCGCCGCUGAGAUGGGUCUGGAUGAGGACAAGCGUGCCAUGGCUCCUCAGAUCUCUGAGCAGGAGGUUUAG